AUGUUGGAAACAUUUGCCGCUUUAAGCAAACUUUUGCGUUACCGUAGACUACAUAUUGACGGUACGGUAUUUCGUCUACAUUGUACACUAACAGUGAUAAUAUUGAUGACAUUUUGUCUAAUAAAUUCAACAAAACUAUUGGUUGGCGAACCCAUUGAUUGCGAAUCUAGUGGCGAAACAGUAGAUAAAUCUACGCUAAAUAUGUACUGUUUUAUUGGUUCAACCUAUUCAAUAGAUCCCGAUCUCUACGCCGCCGAUACCGAUGUCGGUAUCUACAGAGGACUGGGUACACAUCAAUCACGGCAACUGAUCUACCAUUACUACUAUCAAUGGGUUUGGUUUAUGUUGUUUAUGCAAUCAAUCUUUUUCUACUUUCCUCGUUGGCUAUGGAAGUGCUUCGAACAGAAUAAGAUGUCGGCACUGGUAUCUGAUUUGAAUUAUUUUUCAUCCGAUAGUCAAGCAAUCGAUAGGAAAGUCGACCUAAUUGUCGAAUAUCUAUAUAAAACCAAUGGUAUUAACGAUUGGUAUGCCAUGAAGUACUGGUUCUGUGAGAUCCUAUCCCUAUUGAAUGUAAUCCUUCAGAUUGUUGUCAACGAUAUGUUUUUGUGCCAUCAGUUCAACGAUUAUGGUUUCCGUUUGUUUCGCCAUUUGACUGGCGAUCCUACUGUCAAAGUGGAUCCCAUGACUAAAAUAUUUCCGAUUCUAAGCAAAUGUGAAUUCAAACGAUUCGGGGCUACGGGUAGUGUGGAAACCAUUGAUGCCUUAUGUGUCCUAUCCGUCAAUAUAUUCAACCAAAAGAUCUAUCUGUUCCUAUGGUUUUGGUACUACUUCUUGGCGAUUGUAACCAGUUUUGUGGUAGCAUUUCGUCUGGUAAUCAUUUGUUGUCCACAAUUUCGUUAUUAUGUUUGUCGCCAUCGGUUCGAGUUAUGUCUGGAUAAUAGUGACAAUCAAAUCAAUCUUCUGAUUUCACGUCUAUAUCUCGGAAAUUGGUUUAUAUUAUAUCUGUUAACUCACAAUAUUGAACCCAUAGUUUCGGCUAAACUUCUGGAAAAGUUAUGUCGAAAAUUUCAAUUAAAUGUCGAUUCAAAUAGCAGUAUAGUUGAUAUCGAUAAUAAUAAUAAUAAUAAUAAUAACAAAAUAGUAGUUGAUAUCAAUAACAAUCAAACAUCCGUUUAA